AUGUAAAUUUUUGUUACUCUUGAUUCCCAACAACAUGAAAUUUAAUUGUAAGAGUGUACUAUCGAAGCUUUAAUGAUUGCUAUUUAAAAUCAAUUUAAUGUAAAUCUUAUACUUUAAAAAAUAGUUAGCUUUUCAUUUUGAAUUACUUACAACUGACAAUCAGACAUUGACUGAGAUUUAAGAAGGAAUGUAAAUUAUAAUCUAAAAAGUUUAAAAUGAAAAGGCGCAUUUAAAGAAAUUUAAAUCAUUCUUUUCAAUUGCAGGUUCAAUUAUUAAAUCCAAAACAAUGACCAAUGGAUUCUCUCUUUAAAAAUUAAAUUAAAUACAUAAAUAGAAAUCUUUAAAUGAAAAUGAAGGCCCUAAAAUUUAAACUCAAGAACACUAUGGUUAAUAAAUAAAUACUAAUAAUUAAUCUGUAGAUGAAUAAAAUAUUUAAAAAUGUGAAUUAUCUGGUAUUCUCUAAUAAGAUUCAGCAAUGAUAUUAGAUGAAAAAUAAUCUGAUAGAUAGUUAUUAAAUGAAUUACAAGUAGAAUCAGAAAAAAAGCAACAUAAUUCUCAAGAAUAAAAAAAGAGACAAAAAAUUAAUUAAAUUAAAUAAUAGUCACAAACAACUAAAGAUUAAGCUUUUGCUUAUGCAGAAGAAAUAGCAAAUAUUCCUAGACCUAAUAAAAGAUAACAGAUCUUAUAGAGAAUGGAAGAAGAUAAAGCAGAGAAAGAAAGAAUUUCAAGAUAAUAAUAAGAAGCUAAUAGAGUAAUUAAGUAGAUUUAAGAAAAGAUGAAGCAAAAAGAAUAAUUACUCAAAUAAAAAGAUGAAGCUUUAUAGAUGUCAGAAUUAGAAAAGCGUAAAGUAUUUAUUAUUUUUAUUAAGGCUGUUUUAGCUCAAAAAAGAGAACUGAGUUAACCAAUAAAAUUAAGCGAAUUAACAGAACACUAAAAGAAAUAUGAAGAGGAUAGAAAAAUUAAAGAAUAUGAAAGGGAACAUCAUAAAUAAGAACUUGAACAUGAGAUAAAACAAAAAUCUCUCAGAUUUCCAAAGAGUUAAGCAUAAAUAAGAGUUGAAGAAGAGUCAAAAAUGCAAAAGUUGAUAAGAGAAUAAGAAAUGGAAUAAAAAAAAUUGGCCAGAUUAAAAUAAUUAAAAUAUGCUGAUGUUGCUUAAGAAAUUUAUUUUAAAGAACACCCUGUAAAACCUAAAUAAUCUCCACCUCCUAAAGAAGAAUAAUCUAAAUAAAUAAAAGAAAUUCAAAUUACUGAGUAAAAUCUCAGAAAAAUUUAACGGUUUAUUCCUAAAUAAAGACAUUUAAGCCAUGAUUCAAAAGAUUCAAUAAAUGAUCAAAGUAAUCAUUAAGAAAAUAGACCACCUAAACCAAUUGUUAAAAAAGUGUAAAAAGUUGUAGAAAAAUAAGAAAAACCUGCUGAACUUCCACCUAAACCAAAAACAACUGAUUAUCUAUAAUAAAUGAAAUAAUAAAGAAAAGUUUAAGUUAACAUCGAAGAUUAAUGGGAAAAGUAAAUAUAUAAAUUAUUUAAGAAUAAUAGAAAAUAAAGGUUUAGAAAAUGAAUAAAAAGUUUAAAAUGUUUUAAAUAAUGUAUAAAAAUUAGAGUAAAAGGCUAAAGAGAGAGAAAAAUUAGCCUUAUUAAAUAAAGAUGUUUAAGCUGAAGAAGAAGCAAAUAAUUUAUAUAUUGCCAGCAUUAGAGCUAAAUUAGCAAUUCUAGAGAAAAAUUGA